UUAAGCGUGUAUACUACCACACGGUCAAACAUUGGUGCUGAGAGUAAUAUUGAUCUCAUUUUGAAUGUGGAAGAUUUCGAUAUAGAGUCCAAAUUUGAAAGGACAGUGAAUGUCUCUGUACCAAAGAAAACACGGAAUAAUGGCACAUUAUAUGCAUAUAUAUUUCUUCAUCAUGCUGGCAUUUUGCCUUGGCAUGACGGUAAGCAGGUGCAUAUAGUAAGCCCUCUGACCACAUACAUGGUCCCUAAACCAGAAGAGAUUAAUUUGCUCACUGGAGAAUCAGCCACACAGCAAAUUGAAGCAGAAAAACAGACCAGUGCUCUAGAUGAACCUGUCUCUCACUGGAGGUCAAGAUUAACCUUGAAUGUCAUGGUGGAAGAUUUUGUGUUUGAUGGAUCAUCCCUCCCCGCUGAUGUUCACCGUUACAUGAAGAUGGUUCAGUUGGGGAAGACAGUGCAUUACCUUCCAAUAUUAUUUAUUGAUCAGCUAAGCAACAGAGUGAAAGAUUUGAUGGUGAGUAAUAGAAUACCUUUAAUUACAUUUAACAGUUUUAACA